AUGACGCCCAAGACGGCGAGCGAGUCGUCCGCAACCCCAACUGGAGCCGCCUCAUCCACCGCAGCACGCCGCGUUAAGGGAAAGCGCACUCGAACAGGAUGCUUGACAUGUCGCGCGCGCAAGGUCAAGUGUGAUGAAGCGCCGGGAACGUGUGGGAACUGUGAAAGAGUGCUCUUGGCCUGCCGAUGGCCCCAAGUGCGCAAUGUUCUCGAUGAUCGCGCCACUGCUUCCUCUGCUGCUGUCAAGCUUGAGGUCCCCGAUGGACAAGCGUCCAGCAUCGGACCGAUCCGUCGUAAUCGCCAAGCCGCGUGUUCUGCUUGCCGUAUUGCGCGCUGCAGAUGUUCUCAAGAGCGGCCAUCGUGUGCCCGUUGCGUGGAGCAUGGUACUUCGUGCGAGUAUACGGCCGACAGGGCGCAAUCCCAUCAACAGAGCGGCCUCACACCAAGCAGUGCAGAGGCGUCUCCGACGGACGAGCACGACCGUUAUGGCAACUCGCUACAUGGUAUCCCUCGUGCCACGCUCGACCGACACAUUGACGCCUUCUUCACCUACGUGUAUCCCGUCCAAGCCAACGCCGUCGUGCAUCGCUCGACUCUGAUGCGUGAUAUUGCCGAUAAAAAGGCAGCGGCGAAGUUGGUGUAUGCUAUCUGCGCUGCGGCAAACCGCUUUGUUGAAUCGGGAGUGACUCCUUCAAGUGCGCCAACAACUGUUCCGACGAUCAAGGGCACCCCGAUGGCAAACGGGUGGGCGGACAAGGCUAAAGCGAGCCUCCUGUCCGAGGAUGCUACUCCGGACAGCGUUGCCGCCGCCCUCAUCCUCGCCAAACACGACAUCUUCGCGGGGCGGUUCAGCCAGGCCUUUAUCCUCGGCGGCACAGCGACGCGCAUGGCGCUGCAGCUCAAGCUUCACCACGAGGUUGAGCCCGACAACCCGAUGUCCAGGACUGAACGUGAAACGCGUCGUCGCCUGAUGUGGGGCUGCUACUCGCUGGACCGCAUGAUGUCAACAGGAGUGCCCGAGUAUUUGGCCACACCGGCUCAGCACCUCAAGAUCCGCAUUCCCUGCGACGACCAGCAGUAUCUCUUUGGAAUCGCAACCAACACGCCAAUCCCGAGAAUUGAAAGCGAGCAUCCCGACGAGGCUGAUCCGGCACAAUGGGAAGGGGUUGGUAUCUUUGGACUUCACGUUCGUCUGUAUGGCAUUCGCACCAUGAUCUUGCGGGUUUCCCGCAACCGCGACCCCUCCGACCUACCCGCCUGGGAUCCAUCGUCUCUGUUUGUCGCUGCCGAGCGCAAGCUCAGCGCUUGGAAGGCAUCCCUGUCUCCCCAGUUCCAGUUCAACGCCGACACCAUCUAUGCGCGCAAGAGCCAGAAUGAGCUCUCUGGUCUCGUCAUGCUCCACGUCUGGUAUCACCAAAACCUGGCCGAACUCACUCGGCUGGCUAUGCCCGGAUUCAACGAGAGUCUGGAACCAGUCGUUGCCGCGACUGCGCCGCCAGGCUGGAUCGAUGCGACGCGUGAAAUGUGUGUCCAGAGUGCUCGCAGCGUUGCCCAAACUCUGAAGUUUGUGGCCAGCCUCGUCGACAUGGAUACGGUUGUCUUUGCCGACUCGGCGCUCCCAAUCUGCGUUUACGAAUGUGUUCGCGUUCGACUACAGUACGCAUUCCUUCUCCCACCAGCCCCACAGGCCGCCGAGUUGGCAGAGCUUUCGGCCGACACCGAGGUCCUCUUCAUGUUCCUCGACCACAUGUCGCUCUAUUUGGGUAACGCGCGUUGGUUGCUCAAGGAGACGCGCCGGAUGCUUCGUCGCCAUGGCCUUGACGGCGGUGCACACUCGGACACGUCUGGUGCUGCCAGUCCUGGUGGACAGGACCCAUGGUCUCGUCGUGUACGAGGACUGCGUGAGAAUGGCCCCCGCCGCCCCCAACUGCCUCAUGCGUACAUCCAACAGGAGCACGCUGCGCUCAACCACCAGCUCGGUCUCCCUGGUCUCAACGGCGUGCCAAACGGUAUUCAAAAUGGCAACAACAUGGGCAUCCCGCAUCAGUCUGGCUCUGGGCCUGGCAUGCUUCCGAGCCCCCAGGCGCCUAUCAUGUACCAAGAACCGCAAUCGUACUCGGGCUGGUCCAACACCCCGUCAAUGAGCGGACCGGACGAGGUUGUGGCGUUCCUGAAUCAAUACUCACAGUCGACGGGUGGCAGCAGUGGCUUCGUCGGCACCGGGUCAUGGGGUGACUGGGUUGCGUUUGGAUUUGACGCGACUCUGGACGGCUCUCAGAGCCUCCCGGUGUAG